UAAUAUGCUUUAUCCAAAGGAAGACCGAAGAGAAAGGAAGCUUUUGUUUGCUUGUCGAAACUGUACCCAUGUCGAAGAAGCGGACAAUACAUGCGUAUAUAGCCAUACUAUCUCACAUAUCCCAUUAGAACAAACACUGGUAGUGAUCGAUCUCAAGAGCGAUCCAACAUUUCCUCGAUCUAAAACAGAAUGUCCAAAAUGCUCACAUAUGGAAGCAGUCUUUUUUCAAUCUCGGUCAAAAGGAGCUGACGCUACGAUGAAGCUAUUCUUUGCGUGUUGUGAAUGCAAUCAUCGAUGGACUCAAGUUGGCGGACAGGGAGCCAAUACUGUCGCAUAGUCUAAUGAAUGGUGUGUUUAAACCUUUAUUUCGAGCAAGAUGGCACAUUGACUUUUGAUUCAGCAGCAGUAGUGACGACAUGUGUAAUUGAUAAAAGUGUUGAUAUCUCUAAACAAUGUUAUUAUCAAUACAUUUGCAUAUAGCUUUCUGACAAACCCAAUAAAUAGUUUGGAUUCAGUCUGCAUGA